AUUAGCGAUGUGAAUGAUAGUAAAAUUGACGUUGAUAAUGAUAAUUAUCACAAUGAUGAUGAUAAUACGUUUCUUGUAGGCUUUUUUCUUCAGUGUAUUUGCCUCAUCAUAGUGGCUUGUACACCCUAUAAGGUGGUGCCUAUCGUCCUUGGUUUAGGUUCCAUGGCCACUUUGUAUGCUGGGGUGGGCGUCAACGCGUUCGAUAUCGCACCCCGGUACUCUGGUAUCAUAAUGGGAAUGGCCAAUACUCUUGCGACGUUUAAUGGAAUUAUGGCACCACUGGUUGUUGGACUAAUCGUAAAAUCUGAGAGCAUCCACGAGUGGGGCAUCGUGUUUUUUCUAAUCGCUGCUAUUGUGUUCUGCGGAGCAGUGUUUUACGCAAUCAAUGCGUCGGGCGAGCUACAACCGUGGGCAACGCCUGACCUCUCUCUACUUUCAAAGAAAGUAGACCCACCCAAGAAGCAGGCUAUGUCGUGACCUAUUCAUUAUAUG